CCCAACAAACACGAGACCUUGGCCUUUUGGGAGUACAAGGGCGGGAAGCAGAUUCAUCCCUAACCUCCAGCCAAAACCCUUUCUCUUCUCUCUCUCCAUUUCACUCUUUCUCUCUCCUCUUUUCUUCUGCAAUGGGUAUAAAGGGUUUAACGAAGCUGCUGGCGGACAAUGCCCCGAAGGCCAUGAAGGAGCAGAAAUUCGAGAGCUAUUUCGGCCGAAAGAUCGCCAUCGAUGCCAGCAUGAGCAUUUACCAGUUCCUUAUUGUUGUGGGAAGGACUGGGACUGAGAUGCUCACCAAUGAGGCUGGUGAAGUUACUAGUCAUCUGCAAGGCAUGUUUUCACGGACGAUUAGGCUUCUGGAAGCUGGAAUUAAACCACUCUAUGUUUUCGAUGGGAAGCCUCCAGAAUUGAAGAAACAAGAGCUGGCAAAGCGUUACUCAAAGAGGGCAGAUGCCACUGAUGAUUUGGCAGCGGCUGUGGAGGAUGGUAAUAAGGAAGACAUUGAGAAGUACAGUAAACGAACAGUAAAGGUGACAAAGCAGCACAAUGAUGACUGCAAAAGACUUCUAAGGCUCAUGGGGGUACCUGUAGUUGAGGCUCCCUCAGAAGCAGAGGCACAGUGUGCUGUACUUUGCAAAUCAGGAAAGGUUUAUGCUGUGGCCUCUGAAGACAUGGAUUCUCUUACAUUUGGAGCGCCUAGGUUUCUUCGUCAUUUGAUGGAUCCUAGCUCAAGGAAAAUCCCUGUCAUGGAAUUCGAUAUUGCUAAGGUGUUGGAGGAGCUAAAUCUUACCAUGGAUCAAUUCAUUGACUUGUGCAUUCUGUCCGGAUGUGAUUAUUGUGACAGCAUUCGAGGGAUUGGAGGACAGACAGCUUUGAAGCUCAUCCGUCAGCAUGGCUCCAUUGAGAAUAUACUCGAGAACAUAAACAAAGAAAGGUACCAAAUACCAGAGGAGUGGCCCUAUCAAGAGGCUCGGAGACUUUUUAAGGAACCAGUUGCUUUAUCUGAUGAAGAACAAGUUGAGAUUAAAUGGACAGCGCCAGAUGAAGAAGGACUAAUUGCAUUUUUGGUGAAUGAAAAUGGAUUUAACAGUGACAGAGUGGCAAAGGCAAUAGAAAAAAUUAAAGCAGCCAAGAACAAGUCAUCGCAAGGAAGACUUGAAUCAUUUUUCAAGCCGACUGCUAACCCAUCUGUACCCAUUAAACGAAAGGGAAGCAAAUGUGUGCUUAAAUGUCCCAAACCAGCAACCAGGCAUAAGAUGUUCUUUCUACAAGAUUGUAAUCCAUCGAGGCCCACUGUCAUUGGCAGCAUAAGUCUGCCAAUUCUUCAUUUGGGCUCCAAGCACUUGAUGCCAUUAGCCAAAGGCGUCUGUUUUGGCACAUGAAGCUGAAAACCUUGGAAACACCACAAAGCACGGCUAAAGAAACUGCGAACAAAAAGGCAAAAGCUGGUGGCGGUAGAAAGAAAAAAUAGUUGAAUUUGCGUUGUAACUUCAAGCGAGAUAGAGUUGAGUAAAGCAAACUCGCUACGGAUUGACGCACUUUCAUUUUCUUAUGUUAGGAUUGCAAGACUUAGGCUGUUUUCGGACGAUGUUUGAUGUAAAAUUUUGAAGAGAUUAUGCAGUGUUUUAACGCCACCUUAAUUGGAGAUUAAGGAGAUCAAACCUGGUGUGCAAGUCUCCUUUCAGGCAAUAUUCUUGUAACCA